AUGAUUCUCCCAAAACUUUUCUCUGUGCUUUUGCUUCUGCAAAUCGCGUGGUCUCCUAAUGCAGCCGGAGCCACUGAUGGCCUAUCAACCGGUCAACUACCUGUCGACCAGGCGGUACGUGACAAGCUGAACGAAGCCAUGGACCAUCUCUUGUCGCCACCUACUUGGCAUCUACCAGGAGCGGUGAAAUUGGGGAGGUUAACCCAAGCGGAGUGGGACUCGGUGAGGGGUGAUUUGGACCGAUACGGUCGUGACCUCGAGGAAUGGCGCAAAAAAAGAGGACAUGAACGUUUCGGACAAAGAGGCAACUGUAUUCACCCCGACCAACUGCUGGAUCUAAGAAAUUCUAUUCAGGACUGGUUCGCGGCGUCGAGCAGAGAGUGGCGGCGUUAUGCGCAAGUGUUCAAAUGCGAAGAGGGGCUGAUGUAUGGCUGGCGAUGCUUGGAGGCUAGGACCAAUGCCGAAAUUUGGGUGCAAUUUGAAAAUCGAAAGCCGAAUAGUUACUAUUUGAUGCUCCUCGACAUUAUUGACGAAUUUAUGCCUGCGUAUCUCGUGUUUUUGAACCGCGACGUCCAUAAAGGCACCUAUACUGCUACCGAAGGCGGCGAUUACGCAAGAUACGUCGUGGCUUCAACUCUUCACGAUAAACCUUACGAGGCGCAUUACCUCUUCUUUUUC